GCUCCGACAAGGUCACGUGCCUGGACACGUGCUGCGCCGGUUAUGAAUUUAUAAAUUGCCGCAGGGCAGAAGAGUUCGGAUAUGUGCUACCUACAAAUGUCCAGGAGCAGGCUCUGUCAAUCUUGUUUUUUGGCCGUGAUUGUAUGCUUCAUUCUCAGACAGGUUCAGGGAAGACCUUGGCCUAUCUACGAUUGAUAUUCUCAGUUUUAGGCACUCCGUCAACUGUGCAAGCAAUGAUUAUUGUGCCCACCAGGAAGCUUGGCAUGCGGGUUACAAAAGUUGCUUGUACUCUUGCUGCAAAAAGUGGGAAGCCUGGAACUGAAGAGAAACCUUGCACAGUUAUGGCUCUUCUUUACGGAGGAACUUUAAGAACGCACAAGAGCUGGUUGAAGGACUGUAAACGAACCGAGUCGAGUCGAGUUUUUGCGAGUCGAGUCUGAGUUCGAGUUUUUGCUAAACGAGUCGAGCUUGAUCGAUAAGGUAAAUAAGAAGGUAUGGCUGCUGAUUUUUAAAUUUUGUCAUGUCCUGUAUAUAUUUUUUUGCUCAUUUCUCUUUUAGGAUGUGUGUCAGGUAAAAUAGUAUCCGUCAACAAUACCUCCUUGAGUGCUUCCAAGCACGGCAUCAAGUAGUUCUUUUCAUUUUUGGUGAUAUUGA